UUCGUACCUUCUCCAUUGUGUAUGAAAACACAAAGCGAUAAAAAAAAUUCUCACAUUUUUCACUCCUUUCUCGCCGGGAUGUCGCCGGUGACCGGAGCUAAGGUACCUCUUUUACCGGGAUCCAAGAUUUAUUCGGAACCAGCAACCGUCUCCGGCGCCGUGUUUAAUAUCUCAACGAGCAUAAUUGGUGCCGGAAUUAUGUCUCUUCCGGCGACUUUGAAGGUUCUCGGUGUGAUUCCGGCGUUCGUUUUGAUUUUGGUGGUUGCUUUACUGGCCGAAAUAUCGGUUGAUUUUUUAAUGAGGUUUACGCAUUCCGGCGAAACGACGACGUAUUCUGGUGUCAUGAGAGAAGCGUUUGGACCCUUGGGAGCUGUACUUACUCAACUUUGCGUUGUGAUUACUAACCUUGGGUGUUUAAUUAUGUACUUAAUUAUUGUUGCGGAUGUACUCUCUGGAAAUCAACAAGAAGGAGAAGUACAUUUGGGUAUUUUGCAACAAUGGUUUGGAAUUCAUUGGUGGAAUUCAAGGGAAUUUGCUUUGCUCGUCACCUUAAGCUUCAUUUUGCUUCCAUUGGUAUUGUACCNNNUUACAGAGUCAUUAAAGUUUAGUUCUGCAGUAUCAACACUUCUUGCUGUGGUAUUUGUUGCAAUAUGUUCUGUGUUGGCAAUUAUUGCACUUGCAGAAGGAAAAAUAGAAACACCAAGAUUGGUUCCUCGUUUGGACCAUCAAACAUCUUUCUUUGAUCUUUUCACUGCAGUUCCUGUCAUUGUCACAGCCUACACAUUUCAUUUUAAUGUUCAUCCAAUUGGGUUUGAGCUUGGAAAACCAUCAGACAUGACAAAAGCAGUUAGAAUAGCACUGAUCCUAUGUGCUCUCAUAUACUUUUCAAUAGGUCUAUUUGGUUACCUUUUAUUUGGUGAUUCAACUCAAUCAGACAUACUCAUAAAUUUUGACCACAAUGCUGGUUCAUCAUUUGGUUCUUUGCUUAAUACUUUGGUCCGUUUAAGCUAUGCUUUUCAUGUUAUGUUGGCAUUCCCUUUACUCCAUUUCUCUUUGAGAACCAACAUUGAUGAAUUAUUGUUCCCUAAGAAGCCUUUGUUAGCCAAAGAUAACAAGAGAUUUGUGGCAAUCACUUUGGUGCUGUUGGUAUUUAGUUACAUCGCUGCUACUUCAAUUCCAAAUAUUUGGUGCAUUUUUCAGUUUAUGGGAUCAACUUCUGCUGUCUGUCUUGCCUUUGUCUUCCCAGGUUCUAUUGUUCUAAGGGAUAUUCAUGGUAUAUCAACAAGAAGGGACAAAAUUAUAGCACUGGCUAUGGUUAUAGUAGCUGUAGUAACAAGUGUGAUUGCUAUCUCCAACAACAUUUAUAAGCUUUUUAGUACCUAGCUCAUAAAUUUGUAAUUUUUUUUUGCCCUGUAUUUAGAUAUUCUAAGUAGAUAAAGAGAGAAAGAGAGAGAGUUUUCUAGUCACAUAUGAAUGUAUGAUAGUUGAGGAGCUUUUGCUUCUAGGUUAUUGUAGAUGUCAUUGUUAUUUGUUGUAAAAUUCGUAUAUCUAGGACGGAAUAGUUAUUGGAAAUGUAAAAAACUUCAGCAUGCAUAUAAUAUAAGAGGAAAAUUUAAGGUUCAAA